GCCGGAACGAAAGAGGGCGUGGAAGAUUUGGUUGGAGUUUAUCUUGGUCAAGGUCAGUUUGAUAUCGGGGGUUAUUGGACAACGAAUAUUGGGAUUGGAGAUUUUUGGUUAAUUCUCAAGAACUGA